CGAGACAAGCCAAACCUAACAGCCCUCUUCGUAAUUUUUAAUAUUAUUUUCAUGUUCGUGUUUGUCUUCUAUUCUAAAAACAUCACAAAAACCCAUUUAUCCAAAGCGACCGAACCUUAAUCGUUGAUCUGUAAUACCAUCAUGACCUCCAAUGGAGCUUCCGCGCAGAGAGCAGCAGCGGACACAGAAAAUAGUUUGGAGAAGAUCAAGCGGCAAUUAGCGUCCGGUUCUGGUAGAAACCUGUUGCAAGGCCCACUCCUUAAGCGAUCUGAAACUCUGAGGAAAUGGAACGAGCGAUGGGUGAUCUUAGACCCGACGACCGGGAAAAUGGAAUAUAAGACUAGGAGAAAUGAGCCAGCUGUGAAAGGAACGAUUAUCUUUGACGCGAAUAGCACGAUCACAGCCUCUCCUGUGAACUUCCAUGGACUCCCAAAGUAUGAUGGCUGCUGUUUUUAUAUUGGUACUCCCCAGAAAAACGAUUACUUCCUUUGUGCAGAGACUCCUGGUGCAGCUAGAGCUUGGGUAGCAACUCUACAUGCUACUCAGUUGGUUCUAAAGGCUCACAAAGAGGCUGUAGAUUCCUUAAGUGGAAGUGGUUCUGCAAAAUUAGGAACAGUUGCAGCUGUAGUUGCCGCUGCCAAUUCAAUAGCACAGGAAUGCUCUAAAGAAAUUGAAGCAGCAAUGCAGAUUUCUUUGAGAAAUGCUUUAGGAAUGAUGAAUAAUAGGACUAUUGAUGGUCCGAUGGAUGACUUGACAAUCAUGAAGGAGACGCUGAGAGUCAAGGAUGAGGAAUUACAGAAUCUGGCUCGAGAUCUUCGUGCUCGUGAUUCAACAAUAAGAGAUAUAGCAGAUAAACUAUCUGAGACAGCGGAAGCUGCUGAGACUGCAGCAUCUGCUGCUCAUAUUAUGGAUGAACAAAGAAGAAUUGCUUGUUCUGAAAUUGAGCGGUUAUCAAAAGCUUCAGAAAAGCAGUUGGAGUCAUCCAUGUUGAAGUUAAAAGAUUUUGAAGAGAAGAUUGUGGCUCUGAGCAAGGAAAGAGAUCAACUGAUCAAGCAGAGAGACUCUGCCAUUCAUGAGGCAAAUUUGUGGCGUUCUGAGAUUGCAAAAGCUAGAGAGCGUGCUGUGAUAUUAGAAGGAGCUGUUGUGAGAGCAGAGGAGAAGGCAAGAGUUGCAGAAGCAGAUGUUGAAGCUAGAAUAAAGGAGGCUGUGGAGAAGGAGGCAGCUGCUGUGAAGGAGAAGGAGGAGCUUCUAGCAUAUGCAAAUGUGCUACAGGCACAACUUCAAAGGCAGCACCUAGAUACAGAGCAAGUUUUCGAGGAGAAGACGGAGACCCCAAAUGUUGUUGGUAGAACUCUUCCCUUGACUAAGCAUGUGGACAUGUCAGAUGAGAAUGUGGAUAAAGCUUGUCUUAGUGUUUCUAGAGCUGUCCCAGCCUCCGGGGAGAGUGUUGUGCACAUGGCAGUUGAUCAAAGCAACCCCCGGCCAGUUGAAGAUGCUGAAUGGAGCGAUAUUCAGGCAACAGAGUCAACAAUAGCUGAUGUGAGGGAAGUUGCCCCUGAGACAGAAGGAAGCAGCCUGGACAUUUCUGUUGUGAGCCCACCUGUAAAUAAUCAUCAUGAGCAAGGAGCCAAUACCUAUCAUCAGCCUUGAUAUUCAAUGUUGCACAUACGACAGGGGAUAGAAUCUUUAAAGGUAGGGGACAGCAUGCUAUUUGAAGUCAAUUGACAGUAAAAUCUUGACAUUUAUCGAGGUAUUUCUUUCAUUAGCUGGCUCAUUCGAUGCCAUUGUUGUUAUAUGACCUUGUAUCUUCAAUGAAGGAUACAGCCAGAUCUUUCCUGGAAUGUAAUUGAGAGCUUCAAAUCGUCCAUCUAUUUUAUGUGUGUACAGAGAGCAUAGUUCUGAGAUCUGAACCGCCUAGCCCCAAAUCAUAUAUCUAUGAGUGACUUUGUAUCUUUGUUAAAGAAUACAGCCGGCUUUUCUUGAAUGUUAUCGAGGGCUUUAAUCCCCCUAUGAUGUUUCUGUA